AUGGAGUCGCAUGUUGAUCGGCUGGUCAAUCAAACCUGGGAGAAAUUCCAGGAAUGCGACGGCUCACAACGGCUCCUUAUCGCAAUUUCCGGUAUUCCAGGUAGCGGGAAGACGACACUCGCCGCCUGCGUGGCCCACGGGAUUAACAAUCUCUUCCACCAGGACUACCACACCAGAUUUCCCAACAGCCCGCCCACCUCGUCUUCACGGACCGAUCCAUCUCAACCGGAUGUGGCCUUCGUCGUCCCGCUCGACGGCUACCACCUGACCCGCAAACAACUGUCCGAGAUGCCCAACGCCGAAGAAGCCAUCUUCCGCCGCGGUGCGGCCUUCACGUUUGAUGCACAGAGCUACCUCGGUCUCGUGAUGAAACUCCGCAGGCCCAUCUCGCCCGAGACCCCCACGAUCUUCGCCCCGAGCUUCGACCACGCGGUGAAAGACCCGGUGUCGAACGACAUCGCAAUCCCCGUGACGGCACGCAUCGUGAUCUUCGAGGGCCUGUACACGGCGCUCGACGAAGACGGCUGGCGCCAAGCCCACGCGCUGAUGGACGAGAUCUGGUUCGUCGACACGGACAUCGAGCGUGCCACGCAGCGCGUCGCCAAGCGGAACUUCGCGGCCGGCAUUUCCUCCUCCUUCGAGGAGAGCCUCGCCCGCACCAAGAAGAGCGACAUGCGCAACGCCCGCCACGUCCUGGACGCCAGGCUGCACGUGCACGAGACCAUCCCCAGCGUCGAGGACGAAUCUUGGGUCAGCCAGGACCUCGUCAAUGUGGAUGACGAACUGGAGCGCAAGGCUACGGCGAAGAAGAGCGGCGAUGAUGACGGUGAUUACGAUGUCGACGAAGAUUCCCUCAGGAAACAGAGGAUGCUACGCAUGGACAGCAUUGCUGCUUUAGCCGCUGAUGGUGUGGGCAUGUGA